CCGAAACUGAUAUAUGUCCUCAGACACCGUUGCUUUCCACGCCGGAACAGCAUCUUCAGGUGACGAUGUUGUCACAUCCGGCGGUCGUGUCAUUGCAGUCUCUGCCUAUGCACCCACCCUUAAGGGUGCCCUUGAAGCUGCUUACGCUGGCGUCGACAGAAUUGAAUUUGAAGGCAAGACAUUCCGUCGCGACAUUGCACAUCGUGCACUGAAAGCCAGUACCGAAGCACCAAAGCUCACCUACGCACAAGCUGGUGUAUCUGUUGACGCAGGCAACUCACUCGUGGACGCCAUUAAGCCUUUCGUCCGUGCGACGCGGCGCUCUGGCGCGGACGCCGAGAUUGGUGGCUUUGGCGGUGUCUUCGAUCUAAAGGCUACCGGUUAUACUGACCCGGUACUUGUCAGCGGAACUGACGGUGUCGGCACCAAAUUAAGGGUCGCCAUCGAGACUGGCAUCCACGACUAUGUUGGCAUCGAUCUCGUUGCCAUGUCCGUCAACGACCUGAUUGUUCAAGGCGCGGAACCUCUCUACUUCCUUGACUACUUUGCCUGCAGCAAGCUCGAGGUCGCCCAGGCCGCGACUGUCAUUAAAGGAAUCGCCGAGGGCUGUCAGAUCGCAGGCUGCGCAUUGAUCGGUGGUGAGACCGCGGAGAUGCCUGGGAUGUACCACGAAGGCGACUACGACCUUGCCGGUUUCGCAGUCGGUGCUGUCGAGCGCAGCCAGGUCCUUCCCGCCGCAGACAUUGUGCCAGGGGACGUCCUCCUGGGCCUCUCGUCGUCCGGCCUGCACUCCAACGGCUUCUCGCUCGUCCGCAAGGUUGUCGCGCUCUCGGGCCUGACCUGGUCGAGCCCGUGCCCGUGGCGGUCUGAUGUCACCCUGGGCCGCGAGCUGCUGACCCCUACGAAAAUCUACAUCAAGUCGCUUCUCCCGCUCGCGCAGGCCGGGCUUAUCAAGGGCAUGUCGCACAUCACCGGCGGCGGCUUUACCGAGAACAUCCCCCGCGUGCUCCCGCGAGGCACGGGCUGCGCCGUCGACGCGGCCGCGUGGGACCUGCCUCCCGUCUUCCGCUUCCUCAUGGCGCACGGCGGCGUCGAGCCACUCGAGAUGGCCCGCACGUUUAAUAACGGCAUCGGCAUGGUACUUAUCGUCGAUCGCACGAACAUGGACGCGGUCGUGCAAAAGCUCGUAGCGGCGGGCGAGCAGGUCUUCCGCAUUGGAGAGGUCACUGCGGAGAGCGGUGUCCACAUGCGCAAUCUCGAUAGAUGGCACGCGUGAGUCGGCCGGUCGGCCAAGCGGUUAGGCUGCGACAGAAAAAGUCGAGAUCAUAGACGUGUAACAUGAGAUCUGUAUAUAUACUACACUGUAGCUUAUAUGAACCUGCAGCCAAGUAAAUACGACUCGUCUUCGAGCAUAUAAACAAGAAAGAGACGAAGAAUCUAACAGCCGUAGUACAUGAGAACAGAGACAGGAAAGAGCGUAUAGAAGACGGAGGUGAAGGU